ACAAUUUCAUUCAGCAAUGACAGAUGAACAGUUCAACAGUACCUGACAACAGAGAUGUUUUUGACAUCAAAGAAAAGAUUUGUAAUGGCUCGUUUGGAAGCACAAUAUUUAAAGCCUAUAAUGCUGCCCUAGGUCAAGUUGCUAUUGCAAAGAAGUAUCCAGCUAAUCUCACCAACGAUUAUGAGGGUUUUAUGGCCACAUUGGACCAAGUCCGGGAGUGUCGUUCACCCCACGUGGUGACCCUCUAUGGCUACUACAAGGCUGUCAAGUACUUCUGGGUUGUCAUGGAGUUUUGCCACGGUUUCAGUGUUCACAAUCUCAUGGCACAACUGAACCGGCCGCUCAAAGAGAGUCAGAUUCGGACUGUGGUCAGUCACACUCUGAGAGGUCUGGAAGCACUGCACGCGUGCAGUAUCGUGCACACGCGCAUCAGAGCAAGUAACAUCCUGGUAACAACGUUUGGUGUGUGUAAGCUAGCUGAACCCAGUCCUCAAGUCAACAUCUCAGAUACUGGUGUCAAUGUCGAUGGAGUGGUGGGUAACGCUUACUGGUCCGCUCCUGAGAUACUGCUCCAGAAUAAAUUUCAGAAAGGGUACAGAUCAGCGUCAGACAUCUGGUCACUGGGUAUCACAGUGAUAGAGCUGGCGGAGCGUCAGCCUCCCUACGCAGAAACCCACCCCUCACGUGUCAUGGUCACCAUUCCUGCCCGUCCUCCUCCCGAGUUCCUCAACCCUGACGCCUGGUCCAAGUAUCUUAAGGUAUUUCUGUCGUGUUGCUUGCAGAAACACCCAGGAGACAGGUUAAGUGCCACUCAGUUGUUACAACAGAAGAUGAUUAAGAAGACAGAUUAUAAGGGGAUGCAAACCAUAGUGCAGAAGUUUAUAAAGAUGAAACAACAGCAGAACAGCAGAUUUUUCACUGAACCAACAUCUGAACCACCAAAAGCUGAGCAGAGAACUGAAGACGUCCCUCUGGACGAAGGUGUCUGGGCUCAAAGUGGAACACUUGUUUGGAGUCCCUCACAAAACGCUAGGAGCCAGGAAAACAACAGCUCAAACACGCGAACAACGGAGUUCACCAAUCCAGGAGCCGUCUCUCCACCUCAGUCAUUGCAGCGUAACUCAUCAUUCACACCACCGGACCAACAGCUCAAAAAACCUGAUAUCAAACGAACCAAAUCAAGUCCUGUCGGUCAGAGGCGAAAUAAUGUUUCCCAACAAGACAAACCAGCUACUAAACCAGCCCCCUCUCAAUCAGAGAAUAGGCGAAGCCGAGGCUCAAGUAGCAGCACUGACUCAGACCUUUUUGUAGACAGCGAUACCAUGAAGAAGGGAGAUUUUGAGGUUUUCAAAUCUCCACCACUUCCGAGUGUUAGCGAGGGUAGAAAACUGCCCGAUCCUCCCGAUCAAGAAACCAAUCUGCCAAGCCCAGGACCGGUGCAGCCCGUACCACGACUAUCUAAAUCUUCCGAAAACGUAAGAUCAGACCCUAUGAGUUCUCCGUCUGCUCAGCGUGACAAAUCAAAUGGUCCAAAUCAGUACAACGACAAAACAGUAAAAGUAAAAGAAGCUGAAAAUUAUACUCCUUCCUACAUGGACUUUUACAAAGACUCGGAACCUGAUAUAAUUGUGGAUGUUGUAGAGGAGGUUUCGGAGUCAGGUAUUUCAAGACGCAAUAGUAUUGAUCAACGUGGUAUCAAAGAAGACAAGAAGAAGGAAGAAUUGAAAAGAGAUCUUGAUAAAGUAGAUAUGGAUUACUGUGCUGAACUGAGUUUACUGCGACAGUAUUUUAUGAGCAGGUUUCAGGCCAUACAGGAUGCCCUUUCAAACGCCAACGGGGGCUCUAACUCUAAUGAUUCAAUUAAGGUAAACUUUCUCGGAAAGUUACAAAAGCAUGAGCUGACAAUGAUGCUGAAAUACAUGAACGACCAGCAUGAGGAGGAGCUGAAGAACGCGAGGGAGCACUACGAUCUCGAGCACAGGUUCUUGAUGAACGCCCUCCGCAACACAUCAGACCGAGAUGAAGAAAUGAGGUACAACAUGAACAUCAGAGAAAACAACGAGGCUCAAACCAGCACUGCCACGGAGAUUAACAGACGGUUUCAGAUGCAGACAGAAGACAUCAUGCGUGCUAUUGAGAGAAUAGAUUAUGCUGAUGCUAUCGCUGUGGAGUGAUUUAUCUGACAGUUCAACCGACCUCAAAUCAUCCAAAAAGUUGAUCAAACAGAAUUAUAUAGUGGGAAAUUGUUUGUCGCCCUCUCACACACAGAAGAAUCUCAAUAACUGCUAGGUAUUACCCAUGGGAUUAAAGAUCAAAGACGUUACCCGUUAUGAAGCAUAAAAUUCAGACUCAUUAUAGUUCAUCUUUUACAAAUUACAAUCAGACUAUUUUUAUUGAUUUUAUGAUAUUCAUCGUUUUAGUGUUGGCGAUUGACAAAUUGUGUUGAGAUUUUUUGUUUGCGAUAGGUAAAUUUGUUGCUGUGUAAUUGUAAUAUUAUGCAAGAUUCACAUUUCAUUUGCUAAAAGA